UUUCUCCCUAAAUCCGCCAAGUUGGUUUUGUUUAAAUUUAUAAGUACCAUUGGCAAUGGCAUAUCCAAAUGAACUGCACAUCAAUGGCGGAAGUAAGUUACAAGUGCAAACGAACAGUGAUUAGCUCAAAACCUGUUGAGGCAGGUAAGUACUGUUCUCUGUCGGUUCUCGAUCGGGCUAUGGAGCAAAACCACGUGAGAAUAGUAUACUACUAUCGUUGCUCGGGAGAUAAGAAAGUUAGGGAAUUAACCAAGAUACUCAGAGAAACAUUAUCGCAGGUGCUCACGUGUUUUCCUAUCAUGACGGGACGGUUAAUUAAAGACGGAGAAGGGCGGUGGAGGGUAAAGUGUAACGAUGCCGGAUUGAGAGUAGUGGAGGCCAGAGCAAAAGGGUGUGUGGAGGAUUGGUUAAGGAGUGUUGACAGAGACAAAGAGCUCAUGCUUGUUCACUGGGAAGACAUGGAUCACAAACCUUACUUUUGGUCAACAUUUUAUGUCCAGCUAACUGAAUUUGAAGAUGGUGGAUUAGCAAUAGGGUUGAGCUGCAUUCACCUCUUAGCUGAUCCCAUUUGCGCAACUAUGUUCAUCAAGGCCUCAGACAUGACCUUAGCCAAAACAAUUUACAUUCCACCUUUAUUUCAUGAAUUGCCACCACCAAGACCUAACAAUCAAAACCCUAAUCACACACCUUGCCUUCACUUAAUCAACCACUACAAGUCAUUCAACAUUGAAAAAUCACAUUCCUUAACUACGAUUAAGCCAGUGACCCUCACUUUCCUAUUCACUGACCACAUGGUCCGCUGCAUGGACAUGGCCGCUGGACCCACUGGCUCACCAUCACCCUUCGAGGCACUAGCCGGACUCUUUUGGAUUUGUUUGAACAAAAUCAAGGGAAUUACAAAAGGAGGAGUUUUGAGUAUGUCCAUAUGCUUAGAUAUGAGAAAAGUGUUGUGCUUAGACAAAGGGUAUUUUGGAAACUGUAUGGUGUAUAACAAGGUUCGUGUGGAGGUGUAUAAUAAACCAUCCGACGUUGUUGAACCUAUAAAACGAGCUGUUGCAGAAAUGGAUUAUGAUGGGAUCGUGGAUUUGAUCCACCGGCUCAAAUGUAAUGAUACUUUUUCUCUCGCUAACAUAGGUGACCGCGAACUAACAUGUUGUAACUUGGAAGGAUUGGUGGAGCACAAUUGGGCUAGGUUUGAAGAAGGGUGUCCGCCGAUUAGAGUUUCAUGCUACGUGGAGCCGGUGCUCGGAUCGAUAGGCCAGGUUAUAAUCCUUCCGCCACCGCCGGCUGAGGGUUCAAUGAGCAGGGUGGUUAUGGUUACUCUUCGGGAGAGGGAGAUGAUGGUUAACCUCUGUCGCGAUCAUCUCAUUCAAUAUUUUUCUCCAACUAUUUUAAUGGGAAUUGCUUAA